CGCCGUGACAACAGGGCGAGGGUGGCUUGGAGUUAGGCGGGGGCGGAGAGCGGUCCCCUGCGCCGCGUCUGUCCCUUUUUGCUGCACCCCGCUCCCCACCUUCUCCAUCAGUUCCUCCUCUGUAAGCCGCUGCACCUGCAGUCCUCGCCUGCCCGGUCUCUUCCGAGGGAUACAUGCGCUGCCCCUGCUUGUCUCCGGGGUGACGGAAAGGGGCGCCGGCGAGCGUGCUGGGGAGAACGGCUCCAACUCUGGGGAGCCGGCAGGGCUGCCUGGAGGGGCUCUCUCCUGCCCGGGACUUGAAACAACUUAGAGCGGGAGUAGCGAGGCGAAGGGUUGCUCUCCUUUGCACCCUCCACUCCGUCACUGGGAACCUCGUCAGGCGUUCUUAACGGGAAAUCUGCGCAAAGAGCGUUCGCAGUGAGGUGGGGCAGGUUGCACCUGCCUUGGCAUCAGAGUGAAAGAAAAUGUCUUUGUUUAAAGCCCGUGAUUGGUGGUCUACUGUUCUGGGAGAAAAAGAAGAAUUUGAUCAAGGCUGUUUGUGUUUGGCUGAUGUUGACAAUAGUGGAAAUGGCCAAGAUAAAAUAAUUGUGGGUAGCUUUAUGGGAUACCUAAGAAUCUUUAACCCCCAUCCUGUAAAAACAGGAGAUGGAUCUCAAGCUGAAGAUUUGCUUCUAGAAGUGCAUCUACGAGAGCCAAUACUUCAAGUGGAAGUAGGAAAAUUUCUUUCAGGUACUGAAAUGCUUUAUUUGGCUGUGUUGCAUUCUAGAAAACUUUGUGUCUACUCUGUCUCAGGAACUUUGGGUAGUGUGGAACAUGGGAACCAAUAUCAGAUCAAAUUGAUGUAUGAACAUAAUCUUCAGAGAACAGCCUGCAAUAUGACUUAUGGAUCAUUUGGUGGUGUAAAAGGUCGAGAUUUAAUUUGUAUCCAGUCUAUGGAUGGGAUGCUGAUGGUGUUUGAGCAGGAAAGCUAUGCUUUUGGGAGAUUUCUCCCUGGUUCUCUUCUGCCUGGCCCUCUUGCUUACAGUUCCCGUACGGAUUCCUUCAUCACUGUCUCUUCCUGCCGACAAGUGGAAAGUUACAAGUAUCAAGUACUUGCUUUUGCCACAGAUGCAGAUAAAAGGCAGGAGAGUGAACAGCAAAAACUCGGUUCUGGAAAAAGACUAGUUGCGGAUUGGACUCUAAAUAUUGGAGAGCAAGCCGUGGAUGUAUGUAUUGUCUCUUUCAAUCAGUCAGCAGCAUCUGUUUUUGUUCUUGGUGAGAGAAACUUUUUUUGCCUUAAGGAUAAUGGGCAAAUGCGAUUCAUGAAGAAGCUUGAUUGUAGUCCAAGUUGUUUUCUCCCAUAUUGCUCAGUUUCUGAAGGAACAAUAAAUACUUUGAUUGGAAACCAUAAUAACAUGUUGCAUAUUUAUCAGGAUGUGACAUUGAAGUGGGCCACUCAACUUCCCCACCUUCCUGUAGCAGUGAAAGUGGGCUGUUUGCAUGAUUUAAAGGGCGUGAUAGUCACUCUGAGUGAUGAUGGUCACUUGCAGUGUUCAUACCUGGGGACAGACCCUUCUCUGUUCCAAGCUCCAAAAGUUGAUUCCAGAGAACUGAACUAUGAUGAACUUGACACAGAAUUGAAAGAACUUCAGAAAAUCAUCAAAGAUGUUAACAGAUCACAAGGUGUUUGGCCCAUUACUGAGAGAGAAGAUGACUUGAAAGUUUCUGCCGCAGUUUCUCCUAACUUUGAUUCAGUGUCUCAAGCCGCCGAUGUUGAAGUGGGAACUGUCCCUGUCCCUUCCAUCACCGUGAAGGUCACACUACAGAAUCGGGUGGUAUUGCAAAAAGCCAAAUUAUUAGUCUACGUGCAGCCACCAUUAGUAUUGACUUGUGAUCAGUUUACAUUUGAGUUCAUGGCACCUGAGAUGACUAGAACAGUCGGCUUUUCUGUUUAUCUGAAAAGAAGUUAUACACCAUCUGAACUGGAAGGAAAUGCUGUUGUUUCUUAUUCCAGACCAACAGAUCGAAAUCCUGAUGGCAUUCCUCGAGUUGUCCAAUGUAAAUUUAGACUUCCUCUGAAAUUAAUAUGCCUACCAGAUCAGCCUUCAAAAACUGCAAGCUGCAAACUAACGAUUGAUACCAAUAAACCUCCAGUCAGUCUGCUCAGUCUCUUCCCAGGCUUCGCCAGUCAGUCGGAUGAUGAUCAGGUGAAUGUGAUGGGUUUUCGUUUCCUAGGAGGUUCCCAAGUUACUCUUCUUGCUUCCAAAACCUCUCAACGGUAUCGCAUUCAGGGUGAACAAUUUGAAGAUCUUUGGCUCAUAACAAAUGAGCUUAUUCUCUGCCUUCAAGAAUACUUUGAAAAACAGGGAAUCAAAGAUUUUGCAUGUUCUUUUUCUGGCUCUAUGCCCCUUCAAGAAUAUUUUGAGUUGAUUGAUCAUCAUUUUGAGCUGCGGAUAAAUGGUGAAAAAUUAGAAGAACUGUUAUCUGAAAGAGCUGUACAAUUUCGGGCCAUUCAACGCCGGCUAUUAACAAGGUUCAAAGAUAAAACACCUGCCCCCCUCCAACACCUGGACACCUUGCUAGAUGGUACUUACAAGCAGGUAAUCGCUCUAGCAGAUGCAGUAGAGGAAAACCGAGACAAGCUGUUCCAGUCGUUCACCAGGCUGAAGAGUGCCACCCAUUUGGUGGUUCUGCUGAUCGGGCUGUGGCAGAAGCUUAGCACUGACCAGAUGGCCAUUCUGGAAGCGGCAUUUCUGCCGCUGCAGGAAGACACGCAAGAAUUGGGCUGGGAAGAAGCGGUGGACGCUGCCGUCUCCCACCUGUUGAAGACCUGCCUGUCGAAGAGUUCGAAGGAGCAGGCUCUGAACCUCAGCAGCCAGCUGGACGUACCCAAGGACACGAGCCGACUGAAGAAGCACAUCGCCCUGCUGUGCGACAGGCUGGCCAAGGGCGGCCGGCUCUGCGUGAGCACCGACGCCGCGGCGCCGCGGACCGCGGUCCUGCCAGGUGGCUGUGCUAUGAUCCCAGAAUCAGACCUAGAGGAAAGAUCAAUAGAACAAGACUCCACGGAGCUGUUUGCCAACCGUAGGCACCUCAUUGCAGAGACACCCGUGCCUGAAGUUUCACCCCUCCAAGGAGUCUCAGAGUAAUCCAAGUAGAGUUGCCUGGUUGGGAGGAAAAUGCCUUCCCAAGGCUGAUCCUGCGUGGACUUCAUGCCAGGCACAGACGCGGGGCUGGUCCAGGUGCUUCACAGAGCUCAGCUUCCUGGAGAUGACGCUGUGCAGAGACGGGGAUCACGACUUCUUGUUUUGCCAGGAGGACUUGUGACGACCCUGGGCAAGUCAGUAGGAACGUGUCCUGCUGGGAAGGAUGUUGCUGCUUGUGGUCAUGUGUGUGCUCAUAGUCACAGGAUGUGGUGAGAUGACAUAGUCUGGGGACAGACUUUAUAGCAGAGAUCCAGAUCCAAAAUAAUUUGAUACCCCAUUUUUUCACAGAAUUCUUAUAUAUUAAGUAUAUCAAGUUUAAUAAA